AUGUGUAUGGGCAGUACUCUACAAAAUAUGAAAAAAGGAUUCCUGCGGGGCAGGGUGCGACAAGCUGUCACGACUCAGACCUUCCGGCUCGACCUCUGUCUGGUCCCUGGAGCAUCCUCGGGAAGCAGAGCCAGGCAGUGUCACCCCCUCGGAGGCUCCUCGGGGCGACGUUUAGAGGCAUACCAGUCUGCACUGCAACGUUAUGGCCCAAGGGAAAACCGUGGGUUUCUAGGCAUCACAAAGUCAUCAUCAUGCUUACAACAGAUGUGUUGCUUUGACCCAUCCAUCCCAAAUGUGCCCUGGUGCUUCAGACCUGUCUCCAGGCGAGCAAUGGAUCUCAAAGUGAUCUGUGCGCUCUCCGUCAUCCUCAUCGUAUCCCUCAGCACCUUCGCAGAGGGAAAGAAACUACCAAGUAAUUGCCAGUGUAAAAUGGCCCCCAGAGAGCGGAAGAACUGCGGCUACCCAGGAAUCUCACCGGAGGAGUGCAAGAAAGCUGGGUGCUGCUUCAGCAAUUCAGUCGCCGGCGUUCCUUGGUGCUUUGCUCCUAAGGCAAAGAAAGUUAAGAAAGUAUGUCCCAACAAUCCCCGUGCCAGGGUAAACUGUGGCUUCCCCGGCAUCUCGGCUAAGGACUGCGAAAGGAAGGGGUGCUGCUUCAGGGCACAACCCGCUGGUGUCCCCUGGUGCUUCUACCACCACAUGGUGGAGGAAGGAUUGACCUUUCAGCGCAUCUAA